UCUUCGGGACUUCAGAGCCUUCGCCGGAGGGAGGCGGGGGUCAAACGGGAGGCUCCGGCGGGACCCCCGGCUGUCUGCCCGGCCCCGCCGGGGCGGAGCGAAGCGGCGCGGGGCGGCCCAACCGCCUACCCCGCGCCCUGAGCCGCGGCGCCGGGCGAGCCGCUUCCGGGCAGCGGGGCCAGGGCGGUGCGGAGCGGGGAGAGCGGCCGCCGCGGGGCAGCCGCACGAAUCCCAGAGCUGCAGGACAACACGCCUCCCUGCCGAGGGAUCGUCCUUUCCAGGAGAGGAACACCACAAGUAACUUGGAGGGUUUUUGAAGAUGUCAGGAAGCGUACCACGAAAUAUUAAUAUAAAGGAGCCCCGAUGGGAUCAAAGCACUUUUUCUGGACGAGCCGCUCACUUCUUUACUGUAACAGAUCCCCGGAAUCUUCUGUUAUCUGAUGCCCAGCUGGAAAAUGCAAGAAAAAUUGUGCAUGAUUACAGACAAGGUAUUGUGCCACGUGGCUUGACAGAAGAUGAAUUGUGGAGGGCAAAAUACAUCUAUGAUUCAGCCUUUCACCCAGACACUGGUGAAAAGAUGGUUUUGAUUGGCCGCAUGUCAGCUCAGGUACCCAUGAACAUGACUAUCACAGGUUGUAUGAUGACCUUUUAUAGAACAACACCAGCAGUGGUUUUCUGGCAGUGGAUUAACCAGUCCUUCAAUGCUGUAGUAAAUUACACAAACAGGAGCGGUGAUGCCCCAAUUACUGUCAGCCAGCUGGGAACAGCCUAUGUUUCUGCUACCACAGGUGCUGUCGCAACAGCUUUAGGACUUAAUGCCCUGACAAAGCAUGCCGCGCCUCUUAUAGCACGGUUUGGUCCUUUUGCUGCUGUUGCUUCAGCUAACUGCAUUAAUAUUCCACUGAUGAGACAAAGAGAACUCAAGUUUGGAAUCCCUGUCACGGACGAGAAAGGGAACAGGCUGGGUGAAUCAACAAAAGCAGCUCAGCAGGCGAUUGCCCAGGUGGUUUUAUCAAGGGUUCUUAUGGCUGCUCCUGGCAUGGCAAUUCCUCCCUUCAUAAUGAAUGCCUUGGAAAAGAGAGCCUUUUUAAAGCGGUUUCCUUGGAUGAGUGCUCCUAUUCAAGUUGGAUUAGUUGGAUUCUGUCUUGUGUUUGCAACACCCCUGUGUUGUGCACUGUUUCCUCAAAAAAGUUCUAUGCCUGUUACAUCCUUGGAGCCAGAAUUGCAAGCCAAGAUCCAAAAGAGCCACCCUAGACUAGAACGAGUAUACUUUAAUAAAGGAUUAUAAUUCAAGGAAGGGAAGACAUCUGCCAAGGAAGAUCUUACGAACUUACUUUUGAAUUUUGUGCCAACAUAGUUGAAGAUGAGAACUUGUCCCUCUGUUAAACAAGUUGGAUCAUCUGCAUUGUUUUCUAUUUCAAGACUUUCCUCAUUGUAGUGUUUAAAUGACAAAAGGUCGUUUUGUCCACUUUGGUAUCGAUUAAAAGUUUAACUAUACAUAUCCAAAAAUGUUUACAUAAGCUCUCAACAGCUACAAUGACAAUAAACAAGCACACAAAGAAAAAAAAA